GUGUGAGAGCGCGUGGGCGAGUUUAAGAGCUUUUACGGAUUAGUUUUUCCAUUUAAAGCAAGUCAAUUAGAGAGCAAACAUCAGCGCCAGGAGUCCAGCGAGACAAGCGCGAGUGCAUACUGAUGGUGUGAACAGACCAUCAUGAUGACACACACUGUGGAUGAUGGCUUGAUGGAGGUGUUGUCAACAGUGGUGGAGGAAGCAAGUGAAGCUGUCAGUAGAAAUGUGAUGAGUGCACACCUUUACCAACUCCUCAGUUCUCCGUGGCUGCGCGCCUUGCUGCAGGUUUACGAGUGCUUGUUGAGGUUUAGGAGACUGUGGCCUCGUCCCUUGCUGCCUCAUGCUUUUGGACUCUCACGUGAGGUCCAGACUGUUCUGCACACAAUGCCGAAACCUUCCACGGAUGCCGCAGAACUUCAUCUACUCCUCAGCUCUCCACACAUGAAGGCCCUGCUGUCCUGUCACGACACUGUCGCUCAGGCAGACUUUGACCCUGUAUUGGCGCCGCUACCUGACGAGUCGCUUGAAGACCUGGACGCUGUGAGGAUCGUUUUGCUGGACAAGAAUGAACAACCUCUGGGGGCCACCAUCAGAAAAGACAAGGAGACAGGAGAGAUCCUUAUUGCCAGGGUGAUUCGUGGAGGGCUUGCAGACCGCAGUGGUCUUCUUCACGCUGGAGAUCUUCUGGUAGAGGUGGAUGGGAAGCCACUGGUGGGGUUGGAACCAGAGCAGGUCAUCCAGAUCCUGAUGAGGUCAGAGGGUGCCAUCCAGUUCAAAGUCAUUCCAAAUGUGUCCCAGCUGAGCACCAUCAACAAACCAGUCUACGUGAGGGCUUUGGUGGACUAUUGCCCGCUGCAGGACCCGUCAAUUCCAUGCCCCGAUGUCGGAGUCAUCUUCAGUAAAGGGGAUGUCCUGGAGGUAUUAGAGCAAUCAGAUGAACACUGGUGGCAGGCGAGGAAGAUAACAAGCACAACCUCCUUUGCCGGAUUGAUUCCAUCCCCCACCACGUUCAGGAGUAAGCAGAAGGAUCCUAAGGAAUGUGCAGAAGACAAGGUAGACAAGGAUGAACGUGUCGACGAAGGCAGCAAAUCAGAGGAAGAACCUCAAGAUAAAGGAACUUCAGAUCAGGAAGAAACAUGUUUUGAGGCCGAAUCAUCAGAUAUUCCUGACUGGCUGUAUCUCGUCUCCUCAGCGGGUUUCCGUCGCAGCUUCUGUCUGUUGAGGAGGUCUUUGUCCAAGAGGCGGCGUCAGUCUUGCACCAGCAUUAGUGCCUCCUGCACCGCUGGUGCCACACCCUAUGAGGAAGUGGUUCUCUACCGACGAGCCCCUCAGGAUCGACACCGCCUAAUCAUCCUCAUAGGCACGCCAGGAGUGUGUGUCAAUGAACUCAGACAGAACCUCAUCAAACUCAACCCGGACACUUUCCAGGGACCUGUACCACACACCACACGACCAAUCAGAGCAUGGGAGGAAACGGGCAGAGAUUAUCACUUUGUCAACAAAGAACUCUUUGACUACAUGGUGUGCAGCCACAGGUUCGUGGAAUACGGCGAAUAUGCGGGCCACAAGUACGGGACAAGCAUCGACGCCAUCAAUGAGGUCAUCAAAGAGGGACAUGUGUGCAUUAUUGACAUCGAACCACAUAACAUUUCUUCUGUAAGGACCAGAAAGUAUAAACCGUUUGUGAUCUUCAUCAAAGCUCCCAGCUUGGACAAACUUGCACACACCAGAGGAGAUGCGAGAGUCAUUUGCAGUUACCAAAACAACAAAAACCUCACCAUGCAGGACUUGGCAGACCUGGCGGAGUCAUCUCGUCAAAUGGAGCUGAAGUACAAACAUUUGUUUGACGAGGUGUUCAUCAAUGAGCAGCUAACUGACACCUGCGCUAAGCUACAUGCCGCUGUCUCGCGGGCACAGGAGGAAGCUAACUGGAUCCCUUCCAACUGGACUUGAACGCAGGACUAGCCACAUGCUAAAUAUGGACUAGCCUCAGGUGAAGCCAUCGGGAGUGUGCUAACUUCUCAUUUUGAGUACAUUAGCAGUAUAGACUGGCAGCUAGCACCACCUGUCGGGUGCAUGUGACAGUGCAGCUACUGAGUGACCAAGUCUGUGUACUUGAUGACUUACCUACUUAGAUAUAGACCCCACUCACCACCGUCACACAGUGACGUGUCGCUGUAUCCAGCCACCAUAUUGUCCGUCAUUGUUUAUCCGUAUUCUCAAUGGUUUCAAUUUGUCGUGCAAUUUAUAGUGCAAUUCAUGGAAGCCCCGGUGCUUUCAGACGCUGUAAACUCAUUGGAUGCGUUGCAUAAAAGGCGUUAUGUGGAAAAGCUUCAGUCUAUCCAUUUGCCAGAUCCAUAUUUGAUGCCUAAAUCGAUAUUUUUUGACCCGCUGUCUUCGCCGUCUCUGCCUGACAUCUGCUACCCUGAUAUCUACAACUAUGUUGUCCACAUAAAAUCAGCCUAUUCUCACAAAACUUUGAAAAACUUUAAGAGCAGCACUCUAAGCAACAUUACCCUGUGUGACCCUUCCAAUUUUCUAAAAUGGCGACAAUCAAUUAAAAAAAAAAAAGUUGACUGCGAUGGCCGACGCUUCAAGGAUAGGUGGAUAUUGGACUAUUUCUUCAAUAAAAUACGCAACAACUGUGUCUGCCUCAUUUGCACAGACAGUCGCUGUUUUCAAAGAGUUCGAUGUGACGCGAUAUUACCAAACAAAACACGCUGAUAUGUACGACAACAUUACAGGGAAGAUACGCAGCAAGAAAUUAUAGCAACUUGAAGCUAGUUUAAUUUCACAGUAGCAGUAUUUCGCAAGAGCCCGAGUGUCGAAAGAGAACGCCACAAAGGCGAGAUUGUUGAAAUUAUGAACUAAAAAAAAAAUAAUAAUAAUAAUGCAAAUGUGACACACAGAAGGGCUUGCUAAAAUUUGUUUAAAUAUAUUGUUCUACGUAAAUCAGCCAAGGUAGCCCCCACAUUUUUACCACACCAAAUCUGGCCCCCUUUGCAAAAAGUUUGGACACCCCUGUUUAACUGAUGAUCCGUAGAUGAGGCCAGCUUCUUUCACUUGUUACCAGCUAAAUAUUAUUCAAAAAAUAAUGAUAGUGGAAGAAAUAAGCAUCUUGAAUUUGAAACUGUAUGUUGUCGGCGAUUAGCUUCGCAAUGAUCUUAAUUGUGGUUGUCAGCCCAAAACCCUUUAAAUAUAUAUUAAAUGCAUCUUACCAGAUAUAAAAUGACUACUACAUAAUCUGUGGUGAUCGUUUGGUGCCCAGUUUUCUCGUCGAAUUGCAGCAUUCCAUCUUGCUCUCCUCUCCGGUCUCUCGGAAUACGGUAGAACUUCAAGCCUCUCCGUCUAUCUUCUCUGUUACUGCAACCAACCGCCACACACGCCUUCACCAUUUUGAUUAUUAAUGUUAACGAGCAGAAAGACACGCAAUAAAAGGAGGAAUUUACGUAGCGGUAAUGCGUAAACACGACGAGCUGACGGACAAUAUGGCACGGAGGCGUGGUUGUGACAUCAUGUGAGUGGGGUCUAUAGUAGGGUGACCAAACGUCCUCUUCUUUUGCCCGGAAAUGUCCACUUUUUGCAUCCUGCCCGGGUGUCCGGCGGGGUUUUAUAAAUUCAUGAAAAUGUCCGGUUUUCAUUAUUUUUCAUGGGACCUACUAGCGUGUGUUGAAAUUGACUGACACUUUGCACAGAACGGUACUGUGCUGCCUGUGACGUGUUCCCAGAGAGCCUGCCUGUUGUGUUUUAUUAGGAUCAAUAAGUAUAUAAUCAAAUGCUCAUGUACCCAAAAGAGUAAUUAAGACAAAAAAUACCUUUA